GACUUGGAAAACAUACUGGAAUGGACAGAGUUGGUGCAAAUGGAAAAGCCCCAGCCAGUAAAGCCAGAACUGACUUCCCGGCCCAUCACUGGAGUGCUAGAUAUGCUCAACAAAUUCAGAGUGGAUGAUCCUCUGAGUAAGGAAAGGGCAAGUCACUACAUGAACCUUUCUGAGGAUGUGAGAAAUGUGAUAUUUGGAGAUGACCAUGAUGGUGCGCCCAGGGAGUCCCAGAGAGCAGAGAACUUUGCUGCAUGGGGAGCUCCCUUCUCCUCCCGCAAGCAUUACUGGGAAGUGGACGUAACCCACUCCUCCAACUGGAUUCUGGGAA